CCAGCCCAGGAGGGCUCCAGUUUCCGGUUGUCGCCAGGGGGCGCCGCUCACAUGCACUAAAACCUGUUAACAAACCGGAGUUACAGUGGUCACUUCACUACAGAGGUGCGGAGCUCUUGCGCCUACCCCGAGAGUGGUGCCGUUCGACGACGCGGCAGUCCUCGCCACGCGCUCUUUGACCUUCCCUUCAUCCAGGCAUUUUCCGGCGAGUUUCGAGAGUCAAAACAGCACACAAGGCUCCUCACAAUGGCCAGCGACGGUGCUAAUGGCGUCAAGCCGACCGGCGGGCUGUCUGCCAACGAUAACAUCCGCCGCUUCGCCGCCCCCAGCCGGCCACUGAGCCCGCUCCCGGCCCACGCGCUCUUCAAUGAGAAGACAAGAUGCUUUGUCUACGGCCUGCAGCCGCGUGCCGUACAGGGCAUGCUCGACUUCGACUUCAUCUGCAAGCGGGCGACCCCGUCGGUCGCCGGCAUCAUCUACACAUUUGGCGGCCAGUUCGUCAGCAAGAUGUACUGGGGGACCAGCGAGACGCUGCUCCCCGUGUACCAGCAGGUCGCGAAGGCGAUGGCCAAGCACCCGGAUGUCGAUGUGGUGGUCAACUUUGCUUCGUCUCGUAGCGUCUACAGCUCGACGAUGGAGCUCAUGGAGUACCCCCAGAUCAAGACGAUCGCCAUCAUCGCCGAGGGUGUGCCGGAGCGUCGGGCCCGUGAGAUUGCGCAUGUCGCGAAGAAGAAGGGCGUCACGAUCAUUGGCCCCGCCACGGUCGGUGGCAUCAAGCCCGGCUGCUUCAAGAUCGGCAACACCGGCGGCAUGAUGGACAACAUCGUCGCUUCCAAGCUCUACCGCAAGGGCUCGGUUGGCUACGUCUCCAAGUCCGGCGGUAUGUCGAACGAGCUGAACAACAUCAUUUCGCAAACAACAGACGGCGUCUACGAGGGUGUGGCAAUCGGCGGUGACCGGUAUCCGGGCACCACGUUCAUCGACCAUCUCCUGCGGUACCAGGCGGACCCGGAGUGCAAGAUCCUCCUUCUUCUCGGCGAGGUCGGUGGUGUUGAGGAGUACAAGGUUAUUGAUGCGGUCAAGAACGGCCUCAUCACGAAGCCCAUCGUUGCGUGGGCUAUUGGUACUUGCGCCAGCAUGUUCAAGACCGAGGUGCAGUUCGGCCACGCCGGCGCUUUUGCCAACUCGCAGCUCGAGACGGCUGCCAUGAAGAACAAGAGCAUGCGGGAGGCUGGCUUCUAUGUCCCCGACACGUUCGAGGACCUGCCGGCUCUGCUGAAGUCCCUCUAUGACAGGCUCGUCCAGGAGGGCACCAUCACGCCCCGGCCGGAGCCCGUGGUGCCCAAGAUCCCGAUCGACUACUCGUGGGCCCAGGAGCUCGGCCUCAUCCGCAAGCCGGCUGCCUUCAUCUCGACCAUCUCGGACGACCGUGGCCAGGAACUCCUCUACGCUGGCAUGCCCAUCUCGGACGUGUUCAAGGAGGACAUCGGCAUCGGCGGCGUCAUGUCUCUGCUGUGGUUCCGCCGCCGCCUGCCCGAAUACGCGUCCAAGUUCCUCGAGAUGGUGCUCAUGCUUACUGCCGACCACGGCCCGGCCGUGUCUGGUGCCAUGAACACCAUCAUCACCACCCGUGCCGGCAAGGACCUCAUCUCCGCGCUGGUCAGCGGUCUCCUCACCAUCGGCUCGCGCUUUGGCGGUGCUCUCGACGGUGCUGCCGAAGAGUUUACGAAGGCGUUUGAUAAGGGCCUCAGCCCGCGCGAGUUCGUCGACAGCAUGCGCAAGCAGAACAAGCUGAUCCCCGGUAUCGGCCACCGCGUCAAGUCGCGGAACAACCCGGAUCUGCGCGUGGAGCUGGUCAAGGAGUACGUCAAGGCCAAGUUCCCGAGCCACAAGAUGCUCGACUACGCGCUGGCAGUCGAGACUGUCACGACGUCCAAGAAGGACAACCUGAUCCUGAACGUGGACGGCUGCGUUGCGGUCUGCUUCGUCGACCUGCUGCGCAACUGCGGCGCCUUCAGCCCGGAGGAGGCCGAGGACUACCUCAGCAUGGGCGUGCUCAACGGCCUGUUCGUGCUCGGCCGCAGCAUCGGUCUGAUUGCCCACUACCUCGACCAGAAGCGCCUGCGCACCGGCCUGUACCGCCACCCGUGGGAUGACAUCACGUACAUCCUGCCGAACCUGCAGCAGUCCGGCCCACCGGGCUCCGAGGGGCGGGUGGAGGUGCAGAUUUAAGCGGGCUAGCCAUGAGAGGUUCUAUUCUUAGAUGUUAUUCACGGUAGACCUGGGUUUCUCCGAGAUUCGGGGAGCUUUUCGAGAACGGGCCGGGCAAAAUAUGCAUGUUGCCUCUUGAUGUGCCUCACCCGCCAAAAGCGCGGUAGGAAGAAAUGG